GGGUGAGCUAUUCUGAAUAACAUGAGGGGAGGACCUUGAUCAUCAAAGGGAAGGCAUAUUCCAGAAAGCCAUUGUGCUAAGGAUCCACAGUUGCCAGGCAUGUCCAUGGAAUUUUCACCCCUCGGUUGCACAGCUGUGAUCUGUUAUUCCUGUCAUCUUUUCUGGCAUACAAGGCACAGUGUGAGAAGAUACAACUGAGGUCAGUUUUAUACAAGGGGAACAUGGGAUGGUUUGUUCUCUGGACUGAGCAUAUCUGCUUCAGGGAUGUAGAGGUCCACAGUGCCUGACACACUGUGACUCCAGACACAGCUUCGUCAACUCUAACUUACUGCUUUCUGCAGGCAGAGGUAUGACUCUUAUGUUCCCAGCUGUGAGUGGCCACCACCCUCUGUCACUCAUGCCUUCCAAGCCCAGAUCCUUAGGUUCCCCUUUGUCUUACUACCUGUGUUCCAUGUUGCUUGCUUCUUCCAUGGGUGAGGAGACUCCUUUUUGCAACACAGCACUUUGGAACUGUCACUCAUGCUUCUGGGAAGCAAUUUGCAGGCACAAGUGGAAGAACAAAGAACCUGGAAUUGCAGAGUGCCAAAAUGGAGCUCAGCAGUGGUCACCACAGGCCAGUUGUUGAGUAGAGCAACGAACACACAAGGGCAUGUCAUGGAAGACUUCACAAAGGCAAUUGAGCAGGUCCAAGGACAGCAUGGCAAGACAGUGAUCACUAGUGUGAAAAGUCAGAGAUGGUAGAGCUGCCUUUGAGAGUUGGGGGAAGUGAGGUGAGAAUCACUGGGAUUCACCAUAUGACACCUGCAUGAGCUGAAGCAAGAGAAAGAAUACCAGUUGCCAUGCAGAAAAUGCUGCCGGUGUGUCAUGCCCUGUGCUAACUGCUCUGGACAUGUAUCAUCUUGAUCUGGAUUUUCCUGGCUGCACACAUUCCUCCUCGCUAUCGCCUUCACUUUUCCUCCUGGAUCCAGGGCUCAGUGUGGCGACCGGCUCAGACUAGACCCCAUCAUGGAUCCACUGCAGAAAUGGGAUCCACUGUUGAUUUCUGUGCCCUCCUGCAUGGCCACUGUGACAAGCUCCCAAGAGUCCUCAGCCUUCCCUCAGCCUUCCUCCUCAGAAAAGCUAAGUGUGGGGCUCAGUGGGCUGAGCCUCAGCCCCAGCCCCAGCUCAGGUGUCCCUGCCCCUCUGUCACAGGGGCUGCUCCAGCAGCAGGCCAGGGAGAAGAAGGCCCUGUGGCAGCAGUACUGGGAGAAGCAGGGCUUUCCUCAGAGGAAGAAGGUCUUCCUGAGGCACUCGAGACGCUGGCACCGGGAUCACAUGGCACCUUACCUGCUUGAAAAGGAUGUCAGAGGAGGCAGAUCCCAGAAUCAGCUCCUCUGCCAGGGCCACGUGCUUAAUAGUGCUGGGGUGAGUGGAGAGAGGAACGCAGCUCCCAACCCUCCGUCCUGGGAAAUGCUGGUGCAGGGCUUCAGUGGCCUCACCCUCAGCCUGGGAGCCAACAGACCAGGCCCCCUGCCGGAGGGGCCUCUGCAGCAGCAGGAACCAGAGGAGAUGUGCCAGCAAAAGAGGCAGCAGGAAAGCAUCAGGAUGCUCAAGUAGAGGGUGGGAGCAGGCUGAGGUCUGUCUGGCCCCCAAAAGAUGGAGGCGAAAACGGAUUCAGACAGUGCUGCACUUAAAGCUCAAGAGCCUGGACUCUUCUGAUGUCAAGGCAGUCAGCUGCCUUUGGACGAGCCCCAGCGCUUGUGCUAGGAGGGUAACUGUCCUAGGAAAGGCCUCACUUUCCUGCCUAUGUCUUUUAGCAUGCCUUUUUGGGUAUGGUGCAGGGUGUUAACCUGUUCAGAAGAAACCUGGGUACCAGGGAUCCCUGAAUGCCCAUGAUGUGAUUCACACACUGAGGGUUUUCACUGGUUUUCCUUGGAAAUCAGCACAGCUCCUUCCCAAAUUUCUGUCAAAUCGAACCAACACAACAUGUGUAUAUAUGUUUAUAUAUGUAUAUCUAUGUAUAUGUGUAUAGACAGAGAAGACAUACCUAGUAUAUAUGUCUUCCACUUGCCUUCUCAAUGUGCAUUUAUUGAGUGAUUCCCCACUAGGAAUCACUAGGUACUAUGGAAUGCAUGUGCCAGGUAAGAGAGGGAGGGAGGGGAGGAGGGAGGGAGGGAGAGAGAGAGAGAGAGAGAGGGAGAGAGAGAAGGAGAGAGAGAGAGGGAGAGAGAGAGAGAGGAGGAGAGAGAGAGAGAGAGGGAGAGAGAGAGAGAGAGAGAGAUUGGCUUGCAUCUUCCAGAAACUGAAGCAAGAGAAUACAGGCUUAAAGUACCUACCUACCCAGUGUAACUACCUACCCAGUGUACAUCCAGUGGUGUGAACCCAUGUGGAAGAAGAGAAGUUUUCCUCCUUAACCAUGGUGCUUAAUGGUGGCUCCCUGGUGGAAUUUCCCAUGUGUCCACUCAGUUAAUGGUCAUAGCAGACCUUGACGUGGGGGUUUGCAACUGUGUGCCUUCCCCCUUCCCACUCCUUCCCUCUGGCUCUUAAUCUGGUCAAUAAAAUAAGACCCAGAAGUGGUUCAGGAAAGCCAUAGUUUCAUUCAGACGAGGAUGCAAAGAGAUGAGAAGCUCAAGUAUGUCUGCUGGUGUGCAUGCUGGGGGCAGCAUGGACAGUCUGCAUGGGCAAGGGCUGUAGUGAAGGAAGUUUUGGGUGGCAUCAGUUUGAGCUCAGAAAUUGGUGGUAACUGGUGAAUGUCCCAUGAUUUCCUGUAACGACACUGUACUUAACCAUGACCUGGCUAUACACAUACUAUUGACUAGAAGCUGGACAGGGGAGCAUUUGGCCUUCAGAUUUUCCCUUUCUGGUCAAGGGCCAGCAGUGGAAAGUCCUCUAAAUGGGUUUAUUAGUGGUAGUACUAGGGAUUUGUGUGUGCUGUGUUUUGUAGCUGUGAAAGACUCUGAUCAUCCAAAGAGAUCAGCAGGAAUAGCAGAAUGCAUCCUUUGUUGAACUGAUAAAAAGGACAGCAUUUUACCUGCCUGAGGGCCACAGGGGGUGGGGGAGGAGACAAGACAGGGCUUAUUCAAAUGAGAAGUUGUCCUUUGUUCCAGGUUUCUGCCUAGCAGCCACUCUGCACUAGACACAGGAAUGCCAUGUAUGCUUAAAGGGAACCUGCUAUUAACCUCCAGGCUCAUUUUGUCUUGCUACUUGCUGGUGGACUGAAUUGAAACCAUGAUCAUGAUCGUUCUGGAGCAGUGCCCAGGGCACAGCCUCUGAAUGACAGAGACAGCCGGUGAAGACCUUCCUGCCAGCCAUUAUGGGAUACCUUGAUACCCAUGUGGGUGAAGGCUUAUGGUAGGAUAACCGCUGUCCCUGGACAUUUGGCCCUGAGAAGCAGAGCCUCUUUACUGAGUAACAGCGGGAGCAUGUGUGAGACCUGUCACUCUCUGUGCUGUUUGUCAUCCUUAUUCUUUUAUGGCCCUUGACCUGCGGUCUCUCUGUACAGGGCAUCACCUCUGUCUCUGUCUGAGCAGAGGGACAUGUCAAGGUGCACAUGUGUGUUUCAACUUCCCCACAUGGAAGUGAUUUGCUCUUUUCAAGUCCACAGUGUCCUGUGAUUGUACCAGACAGCAUGAAAUCCCCUGUUCCAACUGUGAAAACUGGUUCUCUUCUGUGAGCACCUGCCUCCUGUUGUUAAUGUGUACUGGAAUGUUAGCAAGUGCUUUUGUCAGAGAUUCUGAAACGUACAGAAACUGUGUAGUGGUCUCCACUCUAAUGCUGGAGACACCUUAUUUGUUCAAAUGAGGAGCUGGCCAUUGUUUGUGAGUUUUGUAACUCAUUGUCUAAGCCAUGCUACUGACUAUGUGAAGACUUAAAAUUCCAUUACAGUCUA